AUGGCUAAUAAGCACGACCAGGCUUCGACCAACUACAAGGAGGCGUUUUCGCUGUUCGAUCGCCGCGGCACGGGUCGCGUUUCGGGAGAAUUGUUGGGAGACUUGUUGCGCGCCUGCGGUCAAAAUCCCACGUUGGCCGAGAUUAGUGAUCUGGAGAAGACGGUCGGUGAUGAGUUUGACUUUGACUCGUUCCUGAAGGUGCUCAACCGCCCCGGUGGUUUCCGUGAGCCUGGUGAGCCGGAGGAGUAUUGUCGGGGAUUCCAGGUCUUUGACAAGGACAUGACGGGAUUUAUUGGUGUGGGACAGUUGCGCUACAUCCUGACCAACCUGGGCGAAAAAAUGUCCGAUGAAGAGGUCGAUGAGCUCCUCAAGGCCGUCGACACCAGCUCUGGCGAGAUCAACUACACCGACCUUGUCCGCACCAUUCUGGCCAACUGA